UGCUCCAUGAUCGUGGAAGCACCAACGUACGCAGCGUUCAAGCGAGAGAGGCUGAUCCGCGGCCCGAGCGUCCUGCCGCCAUUCUUGCCCUUGCGACGCGACCUCUCGUUCUCUUCAACUACAGACGACACCGAUGCGGCGACGCUGGCUAUUUGCCACUCCAAAGCCAUGGCGCUCGACCGCAUGCUUCGCGCUGAGGUCGCCGACGCCAGGCGCGACCGACUCCGCAGCACCAAGCAAGCUGCCAUUGCUGUUGAGCGAAGAUUGGUCUUGCGGCAAAACGCAGCUCGUCUUCUCCAGCGAGCGAUGCGGAACUACAAGAACCAUCAAACACAGCGCCGUGUUGACGCAUGUCGUUGCAUCAUGCAUUGGUGGCGCAAGUGGAAACCUCCCAAGUCGAUACACGAGUGUGUCUCCAUCGCCCAGUACGUCGAAUCCAGAAAUGUAGAUCCCACAUCUAUUCAGGUUAUGCCAAGUCAUUCUAUCGCACGUCAACAACACCCCCACGCAGUCUCUUGCACCACGUGUGCCCUGCACGCGAUGGGCCAAGUGCCUACCUCGCGACAACAACCUUCUUCGAUCAGUAACAGCAUACAGCAACCAGCUUCGCUCGAUGACAGCAUGGACCAAGAUGCUCCAGCGACGCGCGGUCUCGUUCUCGAGCUCUUGGCCCUCCGCGGCUUGGCGGUCGCAUCCUCUUGGACUUCGCUCCAUGCCAUCAUCUGUGCAUUCCACCAAACGCGCCCCUACACUACUCUCGAAACGGGUCACAUCCGCUGCCACGCGGGCGAGUUGAAUUGGGAUGCCAACAAUGUGUUGUCAUGGCAGCCGCACAACGUUGGCCGAGUCGCGCUGACUGACUGGCACUGCACCGUAAAAUUCUACCGGCACGACAGCCACGGGGACGCGAAAUGCGUCGGCCAGGUCCAUCUUCCCGCUGAUCUGCUCGAGAGCUCGCUCGCGAAAAACCAGACAUUGACCCAGUGGUUCCCGCUCGAGAAAGCGGUUCCAGGCGAUGUCGUCCGCGGCGAAGUCCGCAUUUCUUUCCAAUACGACGAGGACAUCUCGGGAGUUGCGACACCUCGCCAGCAGCUCGAGUUGAUCGAUGCCCUCAAUACGUUGGCGUCGCCCCGAUCGACGACGUCCUCCCGCCAAGUACGGCAACAUACACGUAGCAUCGGGUUCACCUUCGCGCCAGGGCAUCAAAUCCCCGCAUCACCCCCGCGACUCCAAGCUGGCUAGAGCGCCCGCCAAACCGCGGGACUCGCUUUCCCCGGAGAACAAGUCUCCGUCUCGCAUGCCAUUUACGUCCCCUUCAAAAUGUACGGCGACCAACCAAACACAAGCGGGCCGUGCCAAGCCUCCGCAUCCCUACUUGAAGCGCAAGCCAUUUCGCGUUCGAUUUGAAAAACUCGACUGGUCGAGUGUCUCGUCCAAAACCGACAGCAACGUGCCCAAGGGGGCGACCCCGCCGCCUGCCGCGACCACGCAGCAUGGAUCGACUCUAGAGAAGCUCCUGUCGUUCCCCAACCAACGCAAACUCGCCCUCAUCCAUUUAAAACACAAGACCGAACUCCACACGAUAUUCCACCGCCCGUCGAAUUCAGUCAUUCCCACCAUGACGCGACCGAUGCUGUCGCAGCUCCAAAAACUCCCCGUCGCCGCCACGGCGCGGCGACUCGACCACCGCUACGCCGCCCUCAAGCAGUCGUGGCUUCUUAGCGCAGGAAACAACGUUUGCCCCAAUACCUCAACGUGACAUUCAGUAAAAUGGAUGCUGG